AUGUUCGGCCCGAAUUCUCCUGCUUCUUCUUUCCCCCUUUCUCUCGCGCACAGAGCAGACGCAUCCACCGAUUCCAAUUGGGGUUGCUCCUGGAGCGGCGAUCUCGCUGUGGCGACGAUAUCGAGGGCCACAGCGACUCCUCCCUGCGGAAGUUUCCCAAGCGACCGUUUCUCCGACGACCCUGGCACAGUUGAGCCGCCCUCCGACUCCUCGGUUCCGCCGCCGCCUGCGCCUGCGCCUGCGCCUGCCCCUGCCCCUGCCACUGCUGCUCGGCCUCCUAAGAGAAAGGGUCCGCACGAUCUUCGAGCCAAUCCAAAAGUUCAGCUUGCACAGGCCAAGAGGUUUGCAGAGGGUGUCUUGGACCACUACAACAAAAACAAGAUUAAAUUUGAGCUCUUGGAUGCCAAGCCUGUCGUCGGUAUACCCGAGCCACGCUGUUGUUACACACACAUUAACUUCACCGCCUGGUCCAGCAAGGAGGAUUCACAGGAACAACUUUUCUUUGCUGAGAUUUACUAUUGUAGCAAAAGGCGGUCUCCAAGUGGCUUCAUUGUCACAUGCUGUGAGCCACUGGGCACUGAUUUUAAAGUGGGACAGAAGUUUUGCAAGCCUCAUGGUACCUCAGCGGUGAGGAAGAAUGCUGAUUUUGCGCACUGCUUUGCCUGCACCGAGAGGAUGCUGCAUCCGAGAGGCGAAAACUACAUCGCGGGGCACUGCAACAUCCCUCGUGUUUAUGACUAUGUGCGCUAGUAGUUUGUACAUACCUUUUUUGGGGGGAUAGAUAGAUCUAGUGGAAGGAACAGCAUUAGGAACUCUGUACUUGUGCUAUUGCUGCUUGUGACAAUGUGUUACUCAUUUUGCUAAACCAGUAAUGUAAUGGAAGCAAAUAUUCGAGUCAUUUGGUGAAGGGCAUAGCUGAAGACAGACUUCCCUGCGGCUGCUUGUACAGUUAUAUUGAUCAGAGUUCUUUUGUCAA